GUUUAAGGAUUUUGAUUUCUUUGGUGAUGUGAUGGAGACGGUGGAGGCGCGACGUAGGUGGUGUGGAGUGGCAGGAAAGAGGACCCUUAAGUAUGCAACUGCCCGUGGGACCCCGGGGAGGCUCGAUAUACGCGCGGUGAUUACCUUACAGACAAGUUUCCUGGCUAUCGCGACUGGCACCCCAAGGCGUCUUUUAUCCAGCCUUCCGUGCCUCACUUGCCCUCUUUCUCUCCAGCACGCGCACUUCGUUAGACAACCCCAUCUUCCAUCUCAUUACUAGCAUCCAUAUCCAGUCACGAUGGCGGUAAUAUGGGGUCUCGACCUGAAGGAGAUGCAAUGGGGCAAGUUCAAGUCCGGCUACAUGUGGAACAACACGUACCACAAUCGUCGGACAAAGUUCAUCAUCUACCAACUCGCCAUGAUUCUCUGCGUUGUCAGUGAGAGUCUGGGAACGGCUGCGCUAUCUGACUACGUCGACCAGCAAAAGUUCGUCUCGAAACUCGACCGUAACGUCAUGAUCCACAACAAUAACUUCGUCGGCAUCGCAUCCUACAACAUCUUCGUCGGUAUCUUCGUUGCCACCAUCUUCGGUGCGGCUUUCUUCUUUGAUCUUUUCUGGCCUGAGCGACAAGAGUCGAGAGGCGUCAAGAUCGCGUGGAAAGUUUGCUCUGUCUUCGCUUGCAUGCUUACGCUCUCCGAUGCUCUUGCAUACACGUACAUCACCGCGAGCAAGAGUGCGCACCUCACCGGCACGGAUUUUGAGCGUGGACAGGGCCUGUUGUCGCAGUUCAAGAAGGCCGGUGAAACUCCGCUUGCUUACAACAAGAAUGGGCGGGCGAUUGCUAGUGUUGUGUUCCUGUGGCCGGGCAUGAUCUUCACUUUCGUCAGCACAUAUCUUCUCUGGCACUCGUUGAAACAUAUCGAAGACCACGGAUUCUUCUCCACACACGUCCGCGAUGAAAAGAUCGCCGCGGGCGUUGAUGGCGCAGAGCCCGAACCAAGAGGCAAUGCCGUAUAGAAUUGGCUCAUGAAAACCAUCACAUUCGAUUCCAGUCCCGGUCCCUCUCGUCCCGGUCCCUCGACUCCUCAUCAGGAUCAUGAAUUGC